GGAUAUAAAAACAUUCUCUCAUAAAAAACACAAAUCAAAGCCUUCAAAUAAGGAGCCUCUUGUAUUUAACACACCUUUGAAAAAUCCCAAAGAUACUUUUGGGUCAAAUCUUUACUCAGGCCUUCCUAAAUCCCAGAAAAUGAAUGGAGAACAUCAAAUUCGUCCUCUUCUCCCUUUGGACAGAAAUCGUCCAUACGGCCAUCCUUCUUAUCACCAGAAUCAAUUUAAAAAUUUAAAUGUACUUAAUCCUAAAUCCAAUAUCCCAAAAAUAGCUCAAAAAUCCCCUUUACCAAUUUUUGCUGGGCGGGAGCGCGCUCAUCGCGUGUUACCCUCGACAUAUAAUCCCAUCAUUACCUACCCUGCCCCAGUUAAUUAUAAAAACAAUUUAAACAUCCCCUCUCUCAUCCCCUCCCUUUUCAACAAAAUUUUUCUUCCCACAGGUGUUGCUCUUCCUUCAACCUUAGGUGGUGUGUUUGCACAUGGAGAAUAUGCACCCACUCUUUGUCCGUAUCAAUUCGCUCCAAGGAACUCAAUGCUCAACUCUUAUCCACAACAACAGAUGUAUCCUACUUCUGGCUCAUUUCCGUAGUGCUCACUCAUCCCAAUGAACAAUUAUCAAACUUGUUGCUGACCCAAAGAACAAAAAUUGAAGAAAAAAAUAAUUGAAACCCUAAAAUUUUUUCUUUUCCCGCGGUUGUCCUAAAACAAUACUCUUGUCCGCGGAGUGUCGCAGUUUGCGAAUUUUCCCAAUUAAUCAUAUUUAUUUUCCUUUCCGGUCGUUUAUAAAAAAUAUUUUUUCCCAAACAAUUCUCAAGAUCAAAGAGAUAAAUCUUCCUUAUAUAAACUUUUCCUAUAAACCCUUUUCUCAGUCGCUUUCUUAUAUUCAAUUGCUUUUUCUGUGCUCAUUUGUAGUA